AUGGCAACAAUCCUAAGACGAGCAAACACACGCUUGCUUGUUGGUCAGUACCGCUUCUUCGCCGCCUCGGCCGUGCACACCGCCCGGAUCUCGGACGUGAUCAAGCAGGACCACCGCGAGAUCCAAGAGGCCUACGACAAGAUUUUAUCCGCCAAAGACCACGCCGAAAAGAUACAAUGGCGUAACCAGUUUACAUGGGAGCUCGCCCGCCACUCGAUUGGCGAAGAGCUGAUGCUGUACCCGGCGUUUGAGAAGUAUGUCCGCGACGGCAAAUCCAUGGCUGCGCGAGAUCGCGAGGAGCACCUCAUGCACAUUCAAGAAGAGGAACACGAGGAGCUCGCGGCGCUCGAAAAGGCCCUAACGCCCGAGGAGUCGGAUGCCAUGGUGCGCAGCUUCCAGCGCACCAAGAUGCUCACGCCGACGAGGAGCCAUCCCCACGCGCCGGACAAGCCGCCGUUCGAGACGGUGGCGGGAUUGAUGGCGGCGCCGUUGGACAAGAUCCGGGACCUGUUUCGGGAUUUUCCCAAGGAGAAAUCAUACCAAAUGCCGCCACCCAUCACCAUUUCUCACCCCUCUUCCACCCCCGUCAACACCCCCACCAUGGCCACCGACACCGCCAACGAAUUCACCACCGCCAACCUCAUCGGCCUCUUCCUCACCCUCGCCCUCUGCCUCCUCACCCAACCCUGGGGCAGCCUCGUCUACCGCCCACCCCCGCGCACCGCCCCGCCCCUCGCCCACCUCGCCUUCUUCCUCUGGCGCCUGAACCCCGUCGCCGCCGUCGCCGAGGCCAUCACCACCGUCGCCUGCCUCGGCGACGCGAUCCUCCAGCUGUGUCAUCGCUCUGCACGUGGCAGCCGUGGCACUCCUGCUGAUGCGCGUCGACGACGGCCACGCCGCGACGCCCGAUCACGAAGCGAACCUACCGGACCAGUCGCCGUCAUCGCUGUCGCUGCCGUCGUCGUCGUCAUCCCCGACCUCCGAAAACGGCGGGACACGCAGCAGCAGGAUGUCGACGACGUCUUGGCCACGGACCAGCGUACACCGCAAUCGCCCGACGACAUCAGAAAGACGCUGGGCAUGUCGGUGCUCGCGCGCAAGGAAAAAUGGACAGACCUCAUGGCCACCUUUUCCGCCUUUGUCGUGCUCCUCAAGCUCAUCGUCAUCCGCAUGCCCUGGCCCAUCCGCAUCGCCGCCAUUUUCCAGCUCGCCGGCUGGUCCUCUCUCCACCUGGUCAUCACCCUCUUCCACCUACGGCCCCUCAGCGACGAAGCCGCCGACCACGACCACGACCACGACGACAUCUCCGGCGACGCGGGCGGCAACAUCACCCGGGCCGUCCGACGAAGCAAAGCCUUGCUCCGUGGCCUACCCACCUUAAUCGCCGUGCACGUGGUCGCGGCGCCCUACAUCGUCUACGUAUCCUGGCGGGCCGCCUUCACCCUCAUCACCCCACACCCCGAAGCCGACCAAGGCUACAGAAUCUUCGGCAUGGUCGGCAAGGCCGAGCGGAGUUCCCCCGCCCUCUCCAUCCUCGACGGCUUCGUCCGCCUGCCGCAGUUCUUCGCCGUCGCCAUGAGCUACGCCCCCAUGACCAUCAUGCUCCUCCUGCCCGCCUUUGCCGUCUUCACCGGCUUCCUGGCCCUCCUCCGCAAGUCGGGCCGCGAUUAUCAGGGCAUCUUCCUCCCCAUGGCCUUUGGCACCCUUUUCCUCACCGCCGAGUUGGUCUUCGCCGUCUUGUACCUGGGGGCCGACUUUCUCGUCCACCUCCAGAGCUUUAGCCUCUUCCAGGUGUGCAUCCUCUUCUACUACAGUAGCUUCUACCUGUGCUCGCAGUUUGCCAAGCAGCAGCCCCUGGACGAACCCGCCUCUGCCCUUUACGUCGUGGGCAUUCUCGCUUGGAUUUAUGUCUUUGUCGACCUCGUAGAGUACUAUUAUGAUCCCGCGGGCACCUAUAAACCCGAGUGGUUGGAGUAUUUCGGAUAA